GCACUCCGUAGCGGUCGAUCUCUUCGGACCUCAGUUGUUAGCCGCGAACAAAGCAGAAGUAUUGUUUCGUGUAUGUUUUUUUUCUGACGCUUUGUGUUGGAUUAUUUGGUGAAGCUGCAAAAAAACGGAAAAACUUAAUUCCUACAUUGGAGCAUUUUAUUGGGUCGUGUGGCAUAAGUUGGGCAUCAACACUGAGACGAGUAAAAUACAAUGGCGACUGCUAGCAUCGUUAAACUGCCGGAUCUGAUAAACAGAUGGAUCGAAGUACAGAAGAAAAGCUGUAGUUUGGAGCGCACGGAGCCACUAGACAUUGACGCAAUCAACUUGACGCUCUUGCUCAAAUCGAUGGGGCUGAGAUUGCAGUACCUGGAUUUUGAAGCCGACAAAGGCAGCACCGACAACUUGACGGUCACCAUCAAGUGCAACCGAUCCGGCAUGCGGGCGGACCUGUCGUAUGAGCUGGUUAACUGCAGCUGUCCGGAGAAAACAGAUUGCGAAAGCUCCUUCUGGGAAGUGCAGGCAACUGGGCCGCAAGUUUUCUCAAAGUUUAAGAACAACACUUCCUCCAACCUGCUGCCGGACGUUUCAGAAAGCUGCGCGCUUGUCUCGAAGGCGAUGCUAUCGAAUUUGCUUGACUUUUACCAGUCCAGCAUUCGCCAAGUGAAGGAGGGAAAGGAGCAAGCAAUGCUGCAUUCUCCUCUUAAAUCGCCCCGUGGGAAGGUAUGCGUCACUAGUCCAGGUUUAACGGUGCAAAGUCCAUUUUCAACACCACCGGCGGAGGGAAAAUGUCUGUCGAGAAUCGAAGCUACCAAAGAGUGCGGUUUUUCGAACCAAAUUGAUAAAAUACCGCAAUUGGACGUUGCAGAAUGCAGCGACAAGCAGCAGCAGCAGCAGCAGAAAGAUACCGAAUCGAAAAACGAACCUACUCCGAGGAGGAGCGCGUCCUGUGGAUUGUCAGAAGGACAAUCUGAAGCAAAAUCAAAUUCCUCCGCCGAAAGUGUCGGCAUUAACAAUAAGACUCAUGAAAUAGCACACUCAGAAUGUAACUCAGAAAAGCCCGUUGUGGAGGCUGCCCAAAGCCCCGAGCAUACUAGCGUUCCGGACGAGAAAGCUUACGAAGCCAUGAAAACCCUCGUCACUUCGAGUCCAAAUGAAAAACGAGUUCACUCUACUCCUACUCAACUCGAACAGCAGCAUGAUCGUGAUCUUAAUGUAAUUAACUAUUUGAAGCAGGCGCGCUCGCAGAUCGAUAUGGCACUGCUGCUGAUGAAACUGAACACUACGCAGGACAUUACUGAUGGUUCGGCAAUUACGAUCACGCCGCAGCAUACGACGGCAAUUUCAAGAAAAUCACUAUUAACACCCAAAUUUCUUCAGCCCCGAUCUAGCUCCUUACUGAGCAUCGAAAGACGACGCCCACCGGUGGACAUCGGUGCAAAAAAGAAAUCUUCCUCUAACAGCUCACUUAGUUCCACGGCCAAAUCAUCGAUCAGUGGUAACUCGGGAGGUCGGGCCGAUACGCCUAGGCCGUCGAUCGCACAAGUUAAAUCAGUUGCCACGCUUCGUAAAACCGUCUCCAUGCCGCACUCGGGAGCUCUGGGAUCGGCAGGACAACUACCUCCGACUGCUAGCAAAAAAUCGACCGCGAGCACGCUAGGUACUCUUGCCGCUCAGCGUAAACUCCUUCAGCCAAGCACUCCAACUUCGACAGGCAGACAAAUUCCUAAACCACCAAUAUCUGCUCGACCAAUGUCUAGCUUGGCUUCCGGACUGAUUCAACGUUCAUCAAGCGCUUCAAAUAUAACGAAAAAGUAGUACCAGUUGUGUUCAACCGUUUUCAGUUUGUUGGCGGUGUAAUGAAUUACAUAAAAAAAUAAUCAACUCUGUAAUUUCGUAACGAAUAAAUAUUUCUCUCACAA